AUGCACGACAAGUUGACGGCGCUGAGCCUCCACGGCGGCCACUCGGCCGUCGUCCUCAAGUACACGCAGCUCGUGUACGACGCGUACAACAAGAACUUGGCGGCCUACGCAGCGUGGCUCUGGCGCUGCGAGUGCGACAGCUACAUCGCCAUCUUUGAAUCGAUUGCGCGCCUGCUCACGAGCGUGCCCGUCGGCGAAGUCCAGUUCCACGUCUCCAAGCACGACGUGCGCAAGACGCUCGAGGCCACCAACCAGACCCUCGAGAAGGCCAUCAAGCACAUUGGCGAUCGGCUCAAGAAGCAUCUGAGCCACACGCCAAGCAUGGUGCCCGUCGUGAGCCAGUCGCUGCAGACGGUCGUGCUCGAGCAGCAUGCCACGUUCAGCGCCAUGGCCAAAGACUGCUACGACAUGGAGCUGGUCCCGUCCGCGUCGCGUCUCGCGUCGCUUCUCGCCAAACUGCCCGGAGCAUGUCACCAGCGACUUUUCCUCAACAUGGCUGCUGCCCGCCCCGUUGUCUCCGUGCUCUCCGUCGCCGACGAGGCCGUCAAGGUCCUCUCGCAGAUCGCGCUCCCCGCGGUCUUCACGGCGCCCAUCCGCCCGGACGUGGUCACCUUCGUGCACACGAACAUGAACAAGAACAACCGCCAGGCGUACGCUGUCUCGCGCAAGGCCGGCCACCAGCACUCGGCCGAGUCGUGGGGCACGGGCCGCGCUGUCGCGCGUAUCCCCCGUAUCUCGGGCGGCGGUACCCAGCGUGCCGGCCAGGGUGCGUUCGGUAACAUGUGUCGUUCGGGCCGCAUGUUCGCGCCCACGCGCAUCUGGCGCAAGUGGCACCGCAAGAUCAACGUGAACCAGCGCCGCUUCGCCGUGGCGUCGGCUCUCGCUGCCUCGGCCGUGCCCUCGCUCGUCCUCGCCCGCGGUCACCGCAUCGAGCAGGUCUCGGAGAUCCCGCUCGUCCUCGAUGACUCGGUCGAGUCGACGCAGAAGACGUCGGCCGCCGUCAAGAUCCUCGCCAAGAUCGGUGCCCACGCCGAUGUCGAGAAGGUCAAGGACUCGAAGAAGAUCCGCACGGGCCGUGGCAAGAGCCGCAACCGCCGCUACUCGAUGAAGAAGGGUCCCCUCUUCGUCUACGCCCACGCCAACGGCAUCGAGAAGGCCUUCCGCAACAUCCCGGGCAUUGAGCUCGUCCCGGUCGAGCGCCUCAACCUCUUGAGCCUCGCCCCCGGUGGUCACGUCGGCCGCUUCAUCGUCUGGACCAAGUCCGCCUUUGAGCAGCUCGACUCGAUCUACGGCACGUACACCAAGAAGUCGGCCGUCAAGUCGGACUACACGCUCCCGCGCCACGUCAUGACGAACGCCAACUUGGGCCGUCUGAUUAACUCGGAUGAAAUCCAGUCGGUCAUCCGCGCCGGUAUCUACAAGAACACGCGCCGUGCUCACAAGAAGAACCCGCUCAAGAACCUCGGCGCCAUGGUCAAGCUCAACCCGUACACGCUUGUCGCCCGCCGUGCCGAGCUCCGCGCCGAAGCUCUCCGCAAGGAGAAGAAGGGUGCCAUCGUCGCCGCCAAGCGCAACAUCAAGACGACCAAGAACGACCCCAAGCGCAAGGCCCAGUCGAAGGCUCUCUUCGCCAAGAACGCCUCGGACUAAGUUGUUUCUCGAGACCUCAACAGGAAGUCAGCAGCUUCCGCAGCCACCACGCGCCGUUAAUUCCUCCUGGAUCAACACGCAUGGUUGUUGUGUCAUUACC